UAAAAGUUGAUAAUUAUUACGAAGGAAUGAUGAGGGAGACAAAGUUGAAAGAGCUUAAGUUGGGACUGAAAAACAACAGUUCAUGUUUAGUAAAAUACCACAAGAACGUGAAUCGGUGGUUCAAGCAAGUAUUACAGGAGUUAAUAGCUAAACAUUCAAAACCUUUCACAGAAGGUGAUUUCAUCAAGGAAUGUCUUAUUAAAGCUGCAAAAAUUAUGUGUCCGGGAAGCGCGAAGGCUUUUGAAGUAAUUUCUUUUUCUCAAAAUACAGUUGCUGAAAGAGCUUCGGGUUUGGCUGCCAAUAUAAGAAAUCAGAUCAAGACAAAAUCAUCUUGUUUCGAAGCUUUUUCCAUUGCCUGUCACGAGAGUACAGACAUUGGCGGUGUUGCUCAAUUAGCUGUGUUUCUUUGUGUCUGCGACAAGUAUUUUAACAUUUUUGAGGAAUUACUGGAACUAGUACCGAUGCACGGCACUACUACAGGACAGGAUGUAUUUGAUUAUGUGUAUGAACAUCUUCAAAAAUAUAAUCUACCUCUGUCAAAACUAAUUUCUGUAGCUACAAAUGGAGUUCCUUCCAUACCCUGAAAAACCUAUGGUUUUAUUGAAUUGCUGCAAAACAAACUUAGUGAAAUAUACAACGAAUCUAAAAAUUCAUUAUAUGCAGUUAUUUACACUCAUGAAAGGGAAUAAAUCUCCAGUCAGAUCCAGACUGACUCACAAACACCUUGGAUCAAUUUUGAAGUUGAUUACCGCAAAUAGUAUUUCUUCAGAAAUAGAAAAGUUAGUAGCGGAAAAGAGAUGCCAAGUCUCAGGAAGAAAAUAUUAAUUUUAUUUAUGUAUUUUCUAUUUACAGAUUAGAUAUUAGCUGUUUUUAAAAAUAAACUGAUUUUCUGAUAUUUUUUUUACAAAAUGUUUUUAAUUUUUUUAGAAUAAAGUAUUUUUAAAUACAUUUUGGGUAAAUUUUUGAGUAAAUUUGAGCGUGGCUUCAAAAAUGUAUCAACUGCGUCGUAUUGUCUACAGCGCUUUUGCCUGGUUGCGGUCCACAUAAACAUACAUUUUAUCUAUUCAGC